CAGGCCCCCUCCUCGCAGGUCCGGGAAGCGUUUCGGCGCCGCGAUGCUGGGGACACUGGUCUGGAUGCUCGCCGUCGGCUGCCUGCUGGCCCUGGCGCCGGGCCGCGCGGCGGGCGCGCUGAAGCCCGGGCGGCGCCCGGCGCGGCCGCGGGACUGCGCGGACCGGCCGGAGGAGCUCCUGGAGCAGCUGUACGGCCGGCUGGCGGCGGGCGUGCUCAGCGCCUUCCACCACACGCUGCAGCUCGGGCCCCGCGAGCAGGCGCGCAACGCCAGCUGCCCGGCCGGGGGCAGGCCCGCCGACCGCCGCUUCCGGCCGCCCACCAACCUGCGCAGCGUGUCGCCCUGGGCGUACAGAAUUUCCUACGACCCUGCUCGCUUUCCAAGGUACCUGCCGGAGGCCUACUGCCUGUGCCGCGGCUGCCUGACGGGACUCUUCGGAGAGGAGGACUUCCGCUUUCGCAGUGCGCCUGUGUACUCCCCGGCCGUGGUGCUGCGCCGCACGGCCGCCUGCGCGGGGGGCCGCUCCGUGUACGCCGAACACUACGUCACCAUCCCGGUGGGCUGCACCUGCGUGCCCGAGCCGGACAAGGCCGCGGACGGCGCUAACUCCAGCCUGGACAAGCCGGGAGCCAGGCUGCUGCUGGGGCCCGCCGACCGGCCGGCGGGGCGCUGAGGCCUGCCCUGUCUGCGGGCCCAGCUCCUGCGCGCAGCCAGUCCCCUGUACCCCCAGCCUUCCCGCGGCUGCCCGCUCUUUCCAAAGGGACAUAAGCUUUCAAUAGAUUUUUAUUUUUCAAAGUAGACACUACAUGCCUAUGACUAUUUUGAAUAGUAGCAGGAACUGUUUUCAUAUUAGCAAUUUAGAGCGAGCAUGUUAUUUUUUUAAAAAUAUAUUUUGAUAUUACAAGCAAACCAUAAACAUUCCGAUGUCCUCUAAUAGGAUUCUUGAGUGUAUAAUUGUGGUGUUCAGAUGAACUUCUUUUACCUGCGCCGGGCAGCCGAGUUCAGCCUCUUGCGGAGGCUAACGAGGUGAAAUGGACGCUCCGGGUCUGUGCACAGCCUUUCCCUGGUCCAGGGAGAGGAGGAUGUGAGGCGCCUCCAGGUUCCAGAAACCAAACUCGCUCUUGUUCUUCAGCAUAUGGAUGGUCUCAGCUUUAUGGCAAUUAAACUUUUUG